AAGAAAAAUAGGAUAUUACCACAUUUUUUUUCCUGGCGUUUUUUAAAAAUGUUGUGAAAUUUUUUAUGAUUUUUUACCUUCUCAGCCAAUUUAAUUAUUUUAUCUCGUUUUGUGCACCGUUAAUAGAAAGCUGUGAAAUAACGUUUAUUUGGGAUUGAAAAGUCAGGUUUCUGAUCAAAAGAAAAGAACAGAGGCGUGACUUUUGUGUGUGUGUGUGUGUGUGAGAGAGAGAGAGAGAGAGGGGGGGGCAAAGAGAGAAAUCAAGGCCUUGGAUCUUCGAUCUCCAUGGAUUCUUUGGUUGUAUGAUCUGGAAAUUCUUGUUCUGUACUUGAUUUGAGUGUAUCUCAGUAAUAUCGCUUGAAUCCCUCUUAUCUAAGUUGAUCUAAGGCUCAAGGAGAAGCUAGCAGCGUUGGAUCUGGAUCGUUAACAACAAUGAGUAGAAGCAAGCUCAACGAUGUAGAGAUGUAGAUCUUAUUCUCGGAUCUGUUCUCUAUCCGAUCAGAUCUGCUCUCUCUAUCUCUCCGAUCUGCUAGUAUAGUGGUGCGAGCAAGGAAGAAAGACUCAGGAAUUGUAUACGCCUUGAAGAUCAUGGAUAAAAAAUUUAUUACGAAAGAAAACAAAACCAAUUAUGUGAAGUUGGAGCGUAUUGUGCUAGAUUUGUUGGAUCAUCCUGGCAUUGUGCGGCUCUUUUUACAUUUCAAGAUACUUUUUCUCUAUACAUGGCACUUGAGUCCUGUGAAGGUGGUGAACUUUUUGAUCAAAUAACCAGGUCACAAGACUCGCGACAUGACUCAAUUAAGCCAGAGAACCUGCUACUCACUGCUGAAGGACAUAUUAAAAUUGCUAAUUUUGGUAGUGUGAAGCCCAUGCAGGAUAGUCAGAUUACAAUCCUUCCUAAUGCAUCAUCUGAUGAUAAAGCUUGCACGUUUGUUGGAACAACUGCUUAUGUCCCCCCAGAAGUUCUAAAUUCUUCUCCAGCAACUUUUGGAAAUGACCUUUGGGCACUUGGCUGCACUGUGUACCAGAUGCUUUCAGGCACUUCUCCCUUUAAAGAUGCUAGUGAGUGGCUCAUUUUCCAAAGAAUUAUUGCCAGAGAUAUUAGAUAUCCAAAUUAUUUUUCAGAAGAAGCUAGAGAUCUCAUUGACCAAUUAUUGGUAAUCUUAUUACUCAUCAAUUGCUUCUCUUUCAGUUUAAGCAUGCAAUGCUUGUACAUUUGAGCUUCAAUCUCCUCCUCCCCUUUUCUCAUCCUUGUAAUUUGUUGUUAUAGAAUACACUUUGAACUGAAAAUUGGUCUUACUAUUUGCACGGACUGUAACAGAGUCCGAUUUUGUUAAUACUUGCAUUUUGAUUGGUGUAGAAUAGUGGGACUUACCAUUUUGGGUGGGUCAAAACACUUUUUGGAUAUGGGGUCCAUACUUUUGGACCAAUCAUAUUUUAUGUAUUGUUCACACAGUAAAAGAGUGUGAACAAAUUCAUUUUCGACUGUAACAUUGGAUACAGAUUUAUUUUCAUAUGAACAUACUGACUUAGAGAUUUCAUAUAUGUAUAUGUACAUAUACAUAUAUAGGAGAGAGAAUUGAUGAACUUUCUGGAGACAGGUAUAGAUAGAAUUGAUGAUAGGCAUAUUGUUGGGGGAACCUAUAUAUCCUACAUGGGCAUUACUUUUUCCAUAAAAUUGGAAAAAUAAGACAAUUAUAAAGAUAAAUUACAUUCUGGAUUUACUUAUCUUGUAUCCAAUAUUAAUGCUAAUGCCAUUUGUUGCCUUGCAUUCUUGUUGGCAUCAUUGGUUCCUAUCCAAACUGAUUAAGUUCAUAAAAGUUUUUUGAUUUUCAGUUCAAUUUUAUGCAGAGCCAUAAUGCUAACAGCACAUUGUAUUCUUAUAAUU